UAUUUUGAAAACCUCUACCCGGAAGUAGUCGACGCGACGCAAGUAGCAUGAGCUAACGUUACAUCUUUACUCGUUUGACAACAUCCUCUGUCUCACCUGUCAGGCCACAAACAUGUAAGAGUAAAUUACGCUGCGAUAACCGAGUCCACCUUAGGCUGUUGGUUGAAGGUUGAAGUUAAAUGGUUGCAGUGAGUCCGACGCAGAAGAGAAAAAACGGAAACGGCUAAUUUGCUAACACACAUAUUCAUGUGCGUUCUGCUUUCACCGUCAUAUUGCUAGUUUUGUCGUCAGUAUGGCCCUGUAGCCAAAGUAGACUUUUCUGUUUGUACAAUAUUUCUUCGUUUCUUCACGCCUUAAGUGCUUUAUUCGGGCUCAAAAAGGGGGACGUGGGCUUGUUCACCCUGCAGGCCUUCAUGUGUGUUUUGUUUUCUGCUUCGAAACAUCGUUGAAAAACGGGGUCGUUUUGGUUCAGCCUGCUAACAAGUCCCUGCGCUGCGAUAACAACUACUUUAAUGAGAUAAGAGUCGGCGCGUCCCGGUCGUUAUCAUGAGUUUCUUUAGUUUUGGACAAAGUGCAGAAAUCGAUGUAGUCCUCAACGACGCCGAGACGAGAAAAAAGGUCGAGCACAAGACCGAAGAUGGGAAGAAAGACAAAUACUUUCUUUUCUACGACGGGGAGACGGUCAGUGGAAAGGUGAAUGUGACGCUGAAGAACCCCGGGAAGAGGCUGGAGCAUCACGGCAUCAAAAUUGAAUUUGUCGGCCAAAUAGAGCUGUAUUACGACAGAGGAAACCAUCAUGAAUUUGUUUCCCUGGUGAAGGAUCUUGCGAGACCCGGUGAAAUAACGCAGUCACAGACCUUCGACUUUGAGUUCACACAUGUCGAGAAACCCUACGAGUCCUACACAGGCCAGAACGUCAAGCUAAGGUACUUCCUUCGCGCCACGGUGAUAAGAAGAUUAAAUGACAUAAAUAAAGAGCUGGACAUUGUGGUCCACACACUGAGCACCUACCCUGAACUCAACUCCUCCAUCAAGAUGGAAGUUGGAAUCGAAGACUGCCUCCAUAUUGAGUUUGAGUAUAACAAAUCUAAAUACCAUCUGAAGGAUGUGAUUGUGGGCAAAAUCUAUUUCCUCCUGGUGAGGAUUAAAAUAAAACACAUGGAGAUCGACAUCAUCAAACGCGAGACGACCGGCACCGGCCCGAGCGUCUACCACGAAAACGACACGAUCGCAAAGUACGAGAUCAUGGACGGAGCGCCGGUUAGAGGUGAAUCUAUUCCUAUCCGAUUAUUUCUGGCCGGUUAUGAUCUGACUCCGACCAUGCGAGACAUCAACAAGAAGUUCUCCGUGCGCUACUACCUGAAUCUGGUAUUGAUCGAUGAAGAGGAGAGACGCUACUUUAAACAACAGGAAAUCACACUGUGGAGAAAAGGAGACGUGGUGAGGAAAAGCAUGUCCCAUCAGGCCGCCAUCGCCUCCCAGAGGUUCGAGGGCUCGGCCGCUUCAGAGAGCGCCCUGGAGCAGGCCGCCAAGGAGGAGAGCGGGUAGCUCCGCCCUCCUUCCGCUCGCCGGCAAAUCUGCACUGGACGGGUGAUCACCUGACAACUGUGCAAACAUCUGGCGAGGCAGCUGUUUUACUCGUGGCUGUGCUGGUUAAAAAAAAAAUAAAAUAAAAGGGAGGAAGGAGGGGGGGGAAAAACACAGCACGAUGCACACUAAUACCGUGCGUGAACUUUUAAAAAA